UGAAGCCCCUUAAUUUUUAGUGGUUAGAGAGCCUGAGAAAACUAACUGCAACGAAGAAAAAAACCAAUGUAAGGAAUAGUUUUCCGUGACAUUAUCCUGUGUCUUUUAUUUAGCUAAGAUCAUGGCACUUUGUUCUCUCCAAAACAAGUUCUCUUCUCUGUUACCAUUGCCAACUACUCCCUCUUCAACGAAGAUCUUUUCCUCUGUCACUAGGCGUCGAGCCAUAGUCUUUGGUUCCAGCCUUGUAGUGCCCUCCUUGUUCAAUCUGCCAAAUCUCAAUUCAACACCACUUGCACCUGCACGACAGCUACAAUAUGAUGAUGAGCUGCAGCAAGAAGAAGACCACGUUGUGCAUCUCUUUCAGGAAACUGCACCCUCGGUCGUUUUCAUUAAAGACCUUGAAUUGACUAAAGUUCCCAAGACCUCUUCUAACGAAGUCAUGCUAAACGAGGAUGAAGAUGCAAAACUAGAAGGCACCGGUUCAGGCUUCAUUUGGGAUAAAUUUGGCCACAUUGUUACCAAUUACCAUGUUGUUGCUAAACUGGCUACUGAUACAAGUGGUUUACAACGUUGUAAGGUGUUCCUAGUUGAUGCCAAAGGUAAUAGCUUUUACAGGGAAGGGAAGAUAGUUGGGUUUGAUCCAGCAUAUGAUCUAGCUGUUCUGAAGGUUGAUGUUGAUGGAUACGUAAUAAAGCCUGUGCUACUUGGUCAAUCUAGCAAUUUACAUGUUGGGCAGAGUUGCUUUGCGAUUGGGAAUCCUUAUGGAUUUGAGAACACUCUCACAACAGGGGUGGUCAGUGGUUUAGGCCGCGAGAUACCUUCACCAAAUGGAAGGGCCAUUAGAGGAGCCAUUCAAACUGAUGCAGCAAUUAAUGCAGGAAAUUCAGGUGGACCAUUGAUUGACUCGUAUGGCCAUGUUAUUGGAGUAAACACAGCAACCUUCACUAUGAAAGGGACUGGAGUGUCGUCAGGUGUUAACUUCGCAGUUCCCAUCGACACAGUUAUCAGAACUGUACCAUACCUCAUUGUCUAUGGAACACCUUAUAGUAAUAGGUUUUGAUUACGCGUGCUUCAAUUUUUUGUGUAAAAUUUUAUAUUAACUCUGAAAAUCACUUUAAUUUAAAGUUGUACAUGAAAUACCACACCAUGUCUAUUCUAAAGAAGAAAGGUAGAUCCA